GUGUAAUAAAUGAUUUAGAGAGUGUAUGGUUAAGGCCACAACUGCAUCUCAAAAUCUGUGAAUCUAUGCUCGUAAACCUAAGCCCAGCAAUGACACUGUCUCCAUGCUUUGUGCUGCAGCAAAUUCAGACAAACCUCUGUGAUAUAUACUCUAAGGUUGAGGUAUUGUCAAAUAAGGAACCAGCUAUGACUAUUCAGUAUUUGGUACUUUUAGACCACACUAAUAGUUAUUGGCAGUGUAUAGGAAUUAACUCCUUGGAUAUGAUGAAUACCAGAUGGGGCUAUGGCGUAGUUUCCAAUGUGAUCCUUAUCCUUUGCAGAUUUUCACUGCUCCUACUUGAACCAGGCGAAAUUUACUUUGAGGACUUCGCGGCCAUCUAUCACCUUCCUGAAGAUGUCGCCAAGAAGGAAGAUGGCUGGGAGACGAUAUGUGAGAAUGGACAGCUUCGAGGGAGGCUGAAGGUUUGCUCCAAAUCACUUGUGUUCGAUCCUCGAGACACUCGUGCUCCAAUUAUCAAAUUUCCUUUGCGCUCCUUUGAGUCUGUUCAGGAAAGUCAAGGAGAAGCCAAGAGUGAACUUCUUACUAGUGAUGGUGAUAGAACGUACAUUGAAGUAAAAUGUGGCAUGAUUGUAGAGAUGUUGGAAGGAAAUGUUCUUCAGCCCUAUAGAUUUUGCAGGGAGGUUCACAGUCACACUUUUGAACUGGUGUACGUGAAGGCUUCAACUGUUUUGCCGCAAGUGUGUCAGCUGCAGAGAGCUUCAACUUUGCCACCAAAUGACCAAAAUACAAUGAUUCAAGCCAUUGUAAGGUCAAGGCAGAGAAGAAAAAAGUUUGACCGAUCAUUGCUCGAAGACAUCUCGGAAACUGUUGUGUUGGAGAGCCAGGCAAACAAGGUCACGCCCCUUGUGACCAAUCCUGGGACGGUUCUGCUUACAACUUCGACGCUUUAUUUCCAGCCGCACAAUAAUGCUGAAAAGUUUCCAGUCAUAAGAAUUGGUCUGCAUGAGAUAAGACAAGUCAUCAAACGACGCUUCUUACUACGGCAAGUUGUUGUAAACCAGAGUUUUCCAUCUUCUAUUUAUGCUAGCCAGAUACUAGUGGAUGAGAGUAUAAACCCAGCAGUGAUCAGCGUCUCAGUGGUCAGAAACACAUGGUCUUGGCUUCCUCUGAUUAGGUUGCCCAUUGUGUGUUCCUCAUGCAUGGGCUACCAGCUGGAAAUUAGGGGGUAUUUCACUCAGAGGCACCUGUUGGAUAUUGGGCUAUUAACACUCUCUGGAUUUAUUGUCAACCAGUUAACAAAAUAUUACAUUCUUUAUAUGACUGCCAUCAUGGAGUCGGAAGAAAGAGAUAACCUGUAUGAAUGCCUGAUGCACCAGGAGAAUGUUAGUGUGGAUGACAUGCGACAGGACAACAUCAGCUAUCAGUGGCAAGCAGGAGCCAUAUCUAAUUUUGAGUACCUCUCUUAUCUAAAUAGCCAAGCAGAUCGUAGUGUUAAUGAUUUAACACAGUAUCCAGUAUUUCCGUGGGUACUGGCAGACUAUGUUAGUGAAUCCCUAGACUUAGGAGAUCCUGCUAUAUAUAGGGAUUUAUCGAAGCCUGUAGGAGCCCUCAAUGAAUGCCGACUAAAGCGACUAAAGGAGCGCUGUAAAGACAUGCCAGAACCCAGAUUCCUGUAUGGCUCUCACUAUUCUACCCCUGGAUUCGUGCUAUUUUACUUAGUGCGACAGUACCCACAGUAUAUGCUGUGUCUUCAGAAUGGACGCUUUGAUCAUCCAGAUCGCAUGUUCAACAGCCUACCAGACACUUGGUACAAUGUCACAACAAAUCCUUCAGACUUCAAGGAAUUAAUCCCCGAGUUCUAUGACUUGGACGGCUCAGCGGACUUCCUUACAAACUCCAUGCAAAUAAACUUUGGAGUGAGACAAAAUGGAAAACCAGUUGGGGAUGUGGAGUUACCCCCUUGGGCCAAAGGACCAGAAACUGUGAUUAAGACGAUGCGAGAUGCACUUGAAUCUGAAUAUGUAUCUCAGAAUCUUCAUCUGUGGAUUGAUCUUAUAUUUGGCUACAAGCAGAAUGGGGAAGAAGCAGAAAAAGCUGACAACUUGUUUUACCAUCUUUGCUAUGAGGGCUCUGUUGAUCUGGCAGCCAUCACAGAUCUGAAUGACCGGCUUGCCCUGGAGGUCCAGAUCACUGAGUUUGGACAAGUGCCAAAGCAGCUCUUCUCAAAGCCACAUCCCCAGAGAUCGCGGUCUUUUGGGGUUUAUGACUCAAUGUAUUUGAGUAACGGAAUCUCAGAAAGUAGUAUUUGCAGUGAGGCAGAGGAAGAACGAGCAGAUAGUGGGGAGAACAAUGAGAAUAAAGCCCUCAAUCCUAGCUCCACAUGUCUCUGGCAGCGUUUGGCCGACCUCAGAUUACUGCGGGAAUGUAGGGCUCACAGAGAAGCCAUCACAGGAGUGGUCUUCACAACAGACAGCCAGAAUAUCCUCUCAGUUGGCCAAGAUGCAUUGCUGAAGAUGUACACCUUGCCAAAAUUAAAUCAGGUAAGAAGUGUGCGGAUUAGCUCAAUGGCAGCCUCGUCUUGCCUACACCUUCCAGGGACAGACACAGUGCUGGUGGGCUCUUGGGACAAUACUGUAUACAAGUACAGCUUAGAAUUCAGCCAGGUCCAUCCUUUGUUGGAGGCACAUUGUGAUGCUGUGUCGUGCAUGCAAUGGAACCAGGAUGUCCUUGUGACUGGCUCCUGGGACUGUACUGUACGCACAUGGUCACUAGAAAUUGGAGCCAAUGGAAAUGCUCAGAGAAAAGAGAGAGACAAUAACGGGAGAGGAAAAGGAGGCUCAAUGUCCGCUGGGGAGAACAUCCUGUGUGAGAUGGACCAUGACUCCCCAGUGACGUGUGUGGCCCUUCAUCCUGCUGGCUCCCUCUUAGCCUCAGGCACACAGGAUGGCACCCUGGCUGUGUGGCUCCUUCCAGCUGGUGACUUGGUACACCAAAUUAGUUGUCACACCAGCAGCGUAAAUGCAAUAGCCUGGAGUGACAACGAGGACAGAGUGUUAACAGCUGGGGAUGAUGGACUCUUGACGAUUGUAGAUGCUCAUCAAGGCAACAAGAUUUGUAUCCAUGAUUUGCAAGAAAAUAUAAGGUGCGUUGCAUGGGAAGGACGGCUGGUGAUAGGUGGAAGUGUUAGCGGCGAUGUCAUUGUGUUUGACAUGGGAACUGGUGCUGUGAUCAAGAGGCUGACUUCUCACACUGGUCCAGUGACAUGUUUGGCUAUAUCUCCUGAUAACCAACACCUUGUAACUGUCAGUGAAGACCGACGCAUCAUUCUUUGGGGUACAGAUUAAUGGAACCUUAUCUGACUGGGAAGAUAAUGUUGGGACUCCUUACUCUUGCCUCUUUAUUCAUGCAGCAAGCGAUGUAUUUUUAAGCGCGUCUUGGUUUUUUAUCCUGGGAGAGCAUUGGAUGAAUGAUAAAGAUAUAUGAGAUAUAUUGUUGUAAAUUAUAGUUGUCUGAAUACAGCUGUUGCUUUCCUUCUCCAAGUUAUUGAGAAAUCUCUUGUAUAGGUAUAUAUUUAUAAUAAUGGCAUAAUAUAUAGCACUUCCAGUUACAUUAGACUUAAGGAUCAAAACAAGUGAUUUUAAUUGUGUAGUUUAACUCUUUGUGAUAUGAUAUCAAUGCUUUAACCUUGUGUAUCUAUUUUUAUCAAGGAAGGGAAGAGAAAUUUCCUUGGCUGAAGAAGAGUAUAGUAAUUAAUAGUUAUGUAUUUAUAGCACAGGGAAGAUAAUCAUCAUCAUUACUUUUAUUGUUCGUAUAGUUUUGAUAUUGAUCAACUUUUCAGCAGUUGUUCUUUUCAUCACCGAUAUUCUUUUUUUUUUUGGAUUAGGGUAGCUAUACCAACUGAUGUACCUCGUCCAGUAAAGAUGAGUGUCGGGUCAUAAAAGUUCCGAGCAUAAAACGAAAGUUCCUCGGAGAAUUAAAGUGAUAACAAAUAAUUGCCUGAUUGAUGUAGUGGUUCUACAGAUUUUAGUCUUUAUUCAAAUUCUCCAGGUGCUUGAGUUUGCCACAUGGAGCUUUUCUUUCUUUCUUUCUUUUCUUUUUUUUUUUUUUUUUUUGGCUUGGCUGGGCUGGGCUGGGCU